AUGUGGUCUCCUCUUUCUCCACUUUUGCGCAUGGUGACUGUGUUCUUAAUCCUCCAAGUCCCCACCGCCAACGCCUUCAUCCACGCCGUUUGCAGCCACAACUCCACCACUUUUGAUUUCGGGGCCCUGCCCGCGCUUUUUGGGCCCCCUCUUCCCGCAAGGGGCCUCACGGGAUUCCUGAUCGAGGCGAUGCCCGCGGACGCCUGCCAGCCCAUCGAGGGCCCGCCGAACACCUCCUCCAUCUUUGUGGCGCUCAUCCAUCGGCACGACUGCUCCUUCGCCACCAAAGUCCUCCACGCGCAGCAGGCAGGGUUCCGUGGGGCCAUCGUGCACAACGUGGACUCCCAAACCCUCGUGAACAUGGUGAGCGAGGUGAGCAUCCAACGACACGUCCACAUUCCGUCCGUGUUCACCGCAGACGUGGCUUCCAAGAUCCUGAAGCAGCUUCAUCGCUCUGGGGAACUGUCUUCGGUGGUUCUGGUGCCGGAAUAUUUCCACUUCACCUGGAAGGGUUCUUCUGGGAUGGCCCAGAUUUCCUCCUCGUCCCCUUGCCGGUGCCACAUCCAGCUGCCUGGUCCCUGCUCACGGAUGACGUCUCUCCGUACCUGUUGGAUGAUUUGCAUCCCCGUGUCUACCUUGAUUGCCUGUCUGCUGAUUGAGAAAUAUCUAUCGAUGUGCAAAAAAAGGAAGACGUGGAGGAGAACCCCUCGUUUCCUGGAAAAUGGAAGCGGGCUGGUCCGCAUCUCAUUUACUAGUUCCAAGUACCAAGAAUGCGCCAUCUGCUUGGACAGGUACAUGGAACAUGACAGUUUGAAGGUCCUCUCGUGUUCGCAUGCCUUCCACAGCAAAUGCAUCGACCUCUGGCAUAUCUCCCAGACCAGGAGUAAGACCUGCCCUCUCUGUAUGCAGAAGGUGAAGGUGGUCACCCGAUUGCAAGCGGUGAGGUUGUGGAAAGACGGGACGAGGGAAAACAAUUGGACUUUGUGGUCCGGCAAAGGUAAACCUGCCUCUGAUGACCAGCACCCAUGUUUGCUGCUCUCACAACGGCUCCCUCCCCAAUUCUGA